AACAAUGUUAUUACUGUUCUCAUUGAUGGAACUCUUGUGGCUUCCUCGGACAUUCAAGUUUUAGCUAAGACUAAAUCUUGGAUUGAGUUUAGUCACAUAGAUGGGCUUUCCAUUACUGGCGGUAUUAUCGAUGGGCAAGGAACUGCCUUAUGGAAUUGUAAACACUCGGGGAAGAGUUGCCCCACUAGAGCCACGAGUCUUCGAAUAAAUGAUGCACAAAACGUGAACAUCAAUGGAUUAUCUUCAAUUAACAGCCAAAAGUUCAACAUUGUGGUGAGUGGGUGUCAAAACGUGCAUAUGACAAGAGUGAAUGUCUCGGCUGCAGACGACAGUCCAAACACUGAUGGCAUCCAUGUGGAACAAUCAUCAGAUGUGACCAUCCUCAACUCGAGCAUUAGCAACGGCGACGACUGCAUCUCAAUCAGUCCAGGGACCUCCAACUUGUGGGUGGAAAGUAUUACAUGUGGACCUGGACAUGGAAUCAGCAUUGGGAGCUUGGGGAUAAAGGCCGAGGAGGAUGGAGUGCAUAACGUUACAGUGACAUUAUCUACUUUCACCGGGACUAAGAAUGGAGUAAGGAUUAAGUCUUGGGGAAGACCAAGCCGUGGAUUUGCUACAAAAGUUUAUUUUCAACACAUCAUUAUGGAUAAUGUGAAAAAUCCAAUCAUAAUUGAUCAAAAUUACUGUCCACAUGAGGAGGACUGUCCUGGUCAGGCUUCUGGAGUUAAAGUUAGCGAAGUAACAUACGAAGACAUCAAGGGAACUUCCGCCACUGAAAUAGCCAUCAAUUUUGAUUGUAGCCCAAUAAAUCAUUGCACUGGAUUAAGCUUGAAAGACAUAAACCUAACUUACGAGAAUCCCAUCGCUAAAGCUUCAUGUAAAAAUGCCGAAGGAACUACCUCUGGUGUGGUUGAACCUUCUGGUUGCUUAGCAGACGAAUCUAAUUUUCCGCUUAACGUGUUGGUACUAAAAUUAAAGGAUAGUAAAAAUGCUCUAGAGGGCUUAUAAAUU